AGCUGGUCUGGAGUUGUGGAGAUAAGCCCUUUCUUCCCCUUUCACUGUCAUGGUCUUCUUGCAAAAUGGUCUCUUGCUCCCAUGAUACAUGACUUGACUCUUAAACUUCCUUAAUCCCUUACUAUAUAGGUGUGCUGUACCCAGACAUUGCUGUCCCUCUGACAGGUGUUUGUGCUUGACUGAAGGACUUGCCAAAGAUCAUUUGUCUAACAACCGUGUCUCCUGGUGUCUGGUUUGGUGGAAGAUGGCAGCAGUGACCUUCUGGGCAGCAGUGUUGCUCACUUACGGAGUCUCUACAGGAAUUGCAAUGGUCCCUGCUAAAGCUGGGGCUGGGCCCUCGGCUGGGGCAGACGACAUCCUAAAACUGGACAUGGCUCCAAACUCUGUUGACGACAUGUACCAAGGCUGCAAAGAUAAGAUGUACCAGAAGCUCCAAGAAUAUCUGGCGAAUGAGAAGAACACAAACCCCACAUUCAAACGGGCCUGGGAGAGCUCAGAGCAAUGGUACAACAAAAAAUUUAAGAAAUCAAAACCAGCCCUGGGGAAAGACCGUCUUGUAGCUAUUUACUGUUACACCUUUAAAGACAAUAAAGUGUAUCUUGAUUUCAAUACUGCAGUUCGAACCCAGGCACCUCAGUACAAGACCACAUUUGGGUAUCACGCACUUCACUUUCUCCUAACUGACGCCAUUCAAACUCUCAAAGGAGAAGAAAAACUCCCUCAGGGAGAGGACGGAUGUGUCACCGUCUACCGCCGUGUUGACAAAACCUUUGACCAAGUUGUCAACACGCAGCUUCGAUUGGGCUCUUUUACCUCAACCUCAAUGGGUCAGUACGCCAACAAAUAUUUUGGAGACAAGACGUGCUUUGAGAUUUACACGUGCUUUGGA